AUGCCGUUUGCGUACCUUCGCAAGCAGCGGGAAUCCGCCUCUCUGCACGGGGGCACUGCCCCACGCGGGGUGUCGCUUGGCAAAGCGCUUCGAAUCGCACUGGUGGCGGUAGUGCUGGUGCCUUUGGCGCUAUGGCUUCCGUGGGUGCACUCGGCACUUGGACCAUCUGGUCUGCCCGACCAUUGGGUACGAUCCUCAUCGGGGCUGGAGACAGAGUGUGGGACGGUGACGCACGAUGGGGCGGCGCUGAUGUAUUGCGAAGACAUCGAGGCGAUCCCGGGGACGAGCACGGUGCUGGUUAGCUGUGACGCCAACCGGCCACGAUGGAACACCGUCAUGGGACCCCUGACCGAUCCUACGCCAAGGGGAACAUUGUAUGCUUACUCGAUAAACGGGUCCAAGGAAGCGAUGCCUGUGGAGUUGGCAGGCUAUCCACGAGAAAAGGACUUCCACCCGCUGGGCAUGUCGAUGUUCAAGGGUAGCAACGGGACGAGGCUGUUUGUGGUCAACCACGCGCGCGAUCUUAGCACAAUCGAAGUGUUUGAUCUUCUGCACGAGGAGGGUSGGUGGGUAGCAAAGUGGGUGCGCGAUGUGGUGCACGUAGUUGCCACACACACGCCCAACUCGAUCCACGCGCUGUCAUCCACCUCGUUUGUGGUCACCAACGACCACCUCUUUGCACGUCGACCCGGCCCACUUGCACACACACUUGCACUGCUACACCGUCUGCUCCUCGGCACGUAUGACGAGCACCGCAGCGAUGCACUCACAUGGACGUUGCUUCAGGUCGCCAAGGUGUUGACCCACCGAGGGGUGGCUGCACGCCUUGCGCAGAUCGAAACCCUCCUCGGCCUCCCGCUUGGCUGGGUGGCUUUUGUUGACCUCACCACAGUCGAGGCGCAUAUCCUCGCACGAGGCAUCCCGUUUGCAAAUGGCGUUACCGUCACGCCCGACAACAAGCUCGCGGUGGCUGCCACCACCUACCCCGGCAUCUACUUCUACUCCUACUCGCCACCGCUUUCCUCCUCCAGCCCACUCCACUUGCACACUAAGCUUCACCUCCCCUUCCGCGUGGAUAAUCUCGCCCUCUCUGUAACCCCCUCCCCUUCUCCCCGCGGUGAUGUAUGGGGAGGACGGGUGUUGUUGGCAACGGGACAUCCGGCGCCAUUGAAGCUCAUGGCCAUGUCGCGCAAUGUGACCAACCGUGCUCCGAGCUGGAGUGUAGCCAUCACUCCCUUCAUCGGCGCGAACGAGUGGGAGGACAAGGAAGCCCCGCUCCCAACCCACCGCUUUGUGCUCAGCCACAAUCCCGCCUGGUCAAUUCGAACCCUCUUCCAAUCCAACGCCUCCCCCACCCCCAAUCGGCCAAGUCUCGCUUCGAGCGCAAGCACCUUCUAUAAGCCCUACGACCACAAUCCCCUCGCAGGCACCUUGCUCGUCUCCGGUCUAUACGAUUCCCUCCUCCAAUGCUCCAAUGUCUCCACCUAA